GCAUGCAAUGGGGGCGUGGCGGCCUAUGAGGAAACCCCAACGACGGAAACGUUCUCUAGCGGUGCUGUUUCAACAUCAGUGCCAUAAAUUAUCUGUAUAUAUUUUCUAUUGAAUGCACCUUAUGGAUGUAAUUCGGCAUAGACUAAAGAUUGCAAAACAUUUAUUUUUGUAAAACCAGGACAAAAAAUGAGCAACAUCCUCCAUGCGACAUCUAAAGUGAGAUGGAAUCAGAGCACUGCGGCGAAACGAGCGGUGUUCCUGGCGGCCGCUGCCUACGGGGCGAAAACGCUUUAUCCCAUCAUCUGCAAACAAAUAAGUCAACGCAAAACGCCGAAGAACAACACAUCUGCAUCUGGCCAAGAGAAUGGAUUGAUAUCUCCUCAUAAGUCCGCACCGGAGACUGUUUCAGGUCUUAAUAAAUCACCCGGCGUUAAUGCGGAAUUCUUCAAGCAGGUUCUUGAACUGGUUAAAAUCGUAUUUCCGAGGCUUUUAACGAAAGAAUUGGGUUUGCUUUGUUUGCACUCACUGGCACUCGUUUCGAGGACGUUUCUGUCUAUUUAUGUGGCAGGUUUGGACGGCAAAAUAGUAAAAACCAUCGUAGAGAAGGAGCCGCGGAGCUUCAUAAUCAAACUGAUGAAAUGGCUUCUGAUCGCCAUACCGGCUACGUUUGUGAACAGCGUGAUCCGUUAUUUGGAGUGCAAGCUCGCGCUGGCUUUUCGCACGCGUUUGGUCAAUCACGCAUAUACAACAUAUUUUACCGAUCAGACCUAUUAUAAGGUCAGUAACAUGGACGGGAGAUUGGCAAACCCCGAUCAGUCUCUCACCGAGGAUGUAAUGAUGUUCUCGCAGUCCAUUGCGCAUCUGUACUCGAACCUCACCAAACCGAUCUUGGAUGUGAUACUCACUUCAUACACGUUGAUACAGACUGCGAGAUCUCGCGGUGCAAACGCGACCGGACCCACUCUGCUGGCGGGCCUGGUGGUGUUCGCCACAGCGAAGGUUCUGCGCGCCUGCUCGCCGAGGUUCGGUAAGCUGGUUGCGGAGGAGGCGCACAGGAAGGGAUACUUGCGAUAUGUGCACUCCAGGAUCAUAGCCAAUGCAGAAGAGAUAGCCUUCUAUAGGGGACAUAAGGUGGAGAUGAGACAGCUACAGAAAUGUUAUAGCACCUUGGCAGAGCAGAUGAAUCUCAUUCUGUCCAAGCGCCUGUGGUACAUCAUGAUCGAACAGUUCCUCAUGAAGUAUGUCUGGAGUGGAUGUGGUCUGGUUAUGGUUGCUGUUCCAAUUAUCACUGCCACUGGCUUUGCUGACAAUGAGCUUGCUGAUGGUCAUACACAAGUGUUGGUGAGUGAGAGAACAGAGGCCUUUACAACUGCACGCAAUCUGCUGGCCUCAGGGGCCGAUGCCAUUGAAAGGAUCAUGUCUUCUUAUAAAGAGGUCACAGAGUUGGCUGGUUACACAGCACGGGUACACAACAUGUUCUUGGUGUUUGACGAAGUUCAGAGGGGAAUAUACAAGCGUUCGUCCGCUGUCACGACAGCAGGGGAAGUGAUAAGUGGGGACCAACCUGAGAUGCACAUUGACGGUCCUACAGAGAUCAAAGGCAAAGUGAUCGAUGUGGAUAAAGGUAUUGUCUGUGAAAAUGUGCCUAUAAUCACUCCUAAUGGGGAUGUGGUCGUAUCCAGCCUGAACUUCAAGGUUGUGGAAGGGAUGCAUUUGCUAAUCACAGGGCCAAAUGGAUGUGGGAAAAGCUCUCUGUUCCGGAUCCUCAGUGGCCUUUGGCCUGUGUACGGCGGCCUGCUUUACAAACCUUCACCUGAGCACAUGUUUUAUAUCCCACAGAGGCCGUAUAUGUCCAUCGGAACAUUGCGGGAUCAGGUCAUCUACCCCGAUUCUCUGAAUGACAUGCAUGAAAAGGGUUACAGAGAUAAAGACCUGGAAGUUAUUUUGGACAUUGUCAAUCUAAACCAUAUUGUUACCCGGGAGGGAGGUUGGGAUGCUGAGCUUGACUGGAAAGAUGUACUUUCAGGAGGAGAGAAGCAGCGUAUGGGAAUGGCACGCAUGUUUUACCACAAGCCCAAGUAUGCACUGCUAGACGAGUGCACCAGUGCUGUCAGCAUUGAUGUAGAGGGUAAAAUAUUCCAAGCUGCAAAGGAUGCUGGGAUCUCUCUGUUGUCUAUUACUCAUAGACCCUCUCUCUGGAAAUAUCACACGCACCUGCUGCAGUUUGAUGGGGAGGGCGGCUGGCGUUUCGAGCAGCUGGAUACGGCCACACGACUCUCUCUGACAGAGGAGAAACAGCGAUUAGAGUCUCAGCUCGCCGGCAUUCCUAAGAUGCAGCACAGACUUAAUGAACUAUGUAAGAUCUUGGGUGAAGAUUCGGUCCUAAAGACAACAGAACACAAGGAUGAGGAAUGAGAGAAAAGUGAUCGAUGUUCAGGAACGCACACUUUUCAGUACUUUUCAAGUUUUAACUUUGAUUUUAAUAUUCUAAGUGUAUUAACGAUAGUUGAAUGUUUUUUCUCUAUAUUGAAAUUAAUUGUAAAAACAUAUAGAACAUUUACCUUGUUUUUGUUUUAUUUGUUAGCACUUUAUCAAUCCUUGUGUAAUAGCACAUGUAGUUCAAAUUGACAUUGUUUCUUUUGAAUUAAUUCUCGUAGGUAGAUACUUUUAAGUGUUAUAAUAUUUUUUAUGUUUUUUUACUUUGA